AUGGACGUUUUAUUAUCGGACACUCGUGGGCAGAGACAACUCAAGUCCCUGAUCUUAAUGUGCGUGUUCGUCGGGAACGUAGCAGCUGAUUGUCCUAAACCUGAGGGGGGAGAGAACAUGAUCCCAACCACUGACACGCUUCUAAAGAAUGAUUUCCCUGACGGUUCUGAUGCCACUCUGGAGUGCGGCAACGGAUAUGUGAAAGAAAGCGGCUCUGGGAUUUUAACGUGCCUCAGUGAGAAAUGGACUGAACCAGAUCUCGUCUGCAAGAAGAGAAACUGUGGUGUUCCUAAAUCACAGCCAAAUAUGCAGUUUCACAUCCCUAAUGGUACUUUGUUUGGUGAUGUGAUUCAAGUAUUUUGUGAUGAAGGUUACCAGAUUUCGGGAGCCAGCUACAAGAACUGCUUUGCUUCAGGGUGGUUUGGAUCAGCUCAGUGUUACGUUGUUCGGUGUAGCAAACCUUCUCAAGUGCCCAACGGCAGAAGCUCUUGGACAAGUGAGGAAAGCCCGACAUACAAACAAGUCAUAAAUUACAUCUGCAAUGAAGGAUACACCCUCAGUGGCAAUGAUAGCAUCAUGUGCAGUAAAACUGGGGAAUACGAUUCUCAACCUCCUGAAUGUAAAGGUGUGGCAAUAGAAGAUAAAAUUACAACAAAACUGGUAACUUCAGCUCCUACAUCAACACAACCAGUGGUUAUGCUCUAUAUCACAGAAACACUUUCGUCUGCGGCUUCGUCCACCACACCUGCAGCUCACAGGGAUGCAGCUAUCACAGCCAGCACACCUGCAGCUGCCUCAACAUCAGAACAAGAUGGGAAUACUGAGAUUACGAGCACCAACAAGAAUAAUGGUGAGCCACUGUGUUCCAGGCUGAAGAAAGCCAAAGUGUUGGUUGUUCACUUUCAGUAA